AUGUACCUCUUCGUCGCAGCCUGCGACAACUUCGGCUUGGUCAUCAGCACCGGGAAAACGCCACCCGACGCUGCCUACGUCACAACCAAAAUCAACGUGAACGGCCCCCAACUGCAAGUCGUGGACAACUUCACCUACUUGAGCAGCACUCUCUCCCGCACCACAAAGAUCGACGAUGAAGUGGCCCGCCUAAUCUCCAAAACCAGUUAA